AUGGGUAUUCUCGAUAUUGCUCCUACUGGUGUCAUUACUGGCGAUCACGUUCUCAACGUGUUGAACUAUGCUCAAAAGCAUAAUUUUGCUAUUCCUGCCGUCAAUGUCACAAGCACAUCCACCAUCAAUGCAGUCUUGGAGGCUGCUCGUGAAGCCAAGUCUCCCAUCAUUAUCCAAUUCUCUCAAGGCGGAGCCGCCUUCUUUGCCGGCAAGGGUCUUGGAAACUCUGACCAAGAAGCAUCUAUUAUUGGCGCUGUUGCUGGUGCACAGUACGUCCGCUCUGUCGCCAAGGCGUACGGCAUUCCUGUGAUUUUGCACACCGAUCAUUGUGCCAAAAAGUUGUUGCCUUGGUUCGACGGCAUGCUUGCUGCCGAUGAAGCUUACUUCAAGGACCACAAUGAACCUCUCUUCUCUUCUCACAUGCUCGACUUGUCAGCCGAAGACAAGGAUUACAACAUCAACACAUGUGUUUCGUACUUGAAACGCAUGGCUCCCAUGAAGCUUUGGCUCGAAAUGGAAAUCGGUAUUACCGGUGGCGAAGAAGAUGGUGUCAACAACGACGAUGUGUCAAAUAACUCCUUGUUCUCUCAGCCGGAGGAUAUCUGGGAUAUCUACAGCGCCUUCAAGAAAGUGUCGCCCUACUUCUCCAUUGCCGCUGCGUUCGGUAACGUCCACGGCUCUUAUGCUCCCGGUAACGUCAAGUUGCACCCUGAAUUGCUCGCCAAGCACCAAAAGUUUGUCCAGGAGAAGCUCGGUUGCGAAACCGAUCGUCCCGUCCUCUUUGUAUUCCACGGUGGUUCCGGUUCUACCAAGAAGGAAAUUGCCGAUGCUGUGUCAUUCGGCGUGGUCAAGAUGAACGUCGAUACCGAUAUCCAGUGGGCCUACUGGGAAGGUCUCCGUGAUUACUACAAGAAGAACCACGAUUACCUUCAAACCAACGUCGGUAACCCUGAAGGCCAGGAUAAACCCAACAAGAAGUACUACGAUCCUCGCGUCUGGAUACGUGAAGCAGAAAAGACAAUGAUUAAGCGCGUCAGAGAAGCAUGUGAAGAUUUGGGUAACGUCAACCGUUUGUAA